AUGUUCACGGACUCAUCGCCAAAGUCGGAACAGCUGAACAGUGCGAACUCUCUGCCGAAGAAAGAGAACGGCUAUUUUCAAUGCGGCUUCUGUAAACGUCACUAUAAUCGAGCGGAUCAUCUAAUCCGCCAUGUUCGCUCGCAUACCCGAGAAAAGCCAUACGUCUGCGAUAUAUGCGACAAAGGCUUUGCGCGGCCCGAUCUGUUAAAACGCCAUGUGACCGGCCAUGCCAAUGACCGAGACCGGAAACGAAAACGAAGCUCAUCAGUGAUCAAGCAGAGUAGAGUCUCACAGGCAUGCAGAUCCUGCGCCACGUCAAAGCUCAAAUGCGACGAUGACAAGCCCUGUCGGAGGUGUCGCGAGCGCAACCAGCCCUGUGACUGGCAGGAUGCCUCUCAGGAUUCAUCGCCAGAGCCGGCACCGCAGCGCAAUAUCUUCGAUACGCCUGCGCAAAGCAAUUCGCAUAUGGACUUGACGACUUCGCCGGCAGUGACAUUCUCACCAAUGCCAACGCCGCUGGAGGAUUUCUCAGCGGCGACUAUUUUGAUGACCCCCAGGCCGUCUCUGUCAAACAACAUGAUUUCUCCUGAAGUUGCCCACGGGAGCGACGAACUGGUCCUGGAAGCGGUAGUAUCACCCAAUGACCACGAAAGUGGCAUAUUUAGUAUCGACGGCACAUUUUUUCCAAACUUCAUCCCCGACUCCUUGAUUCCUUCUCUUGCCCGAUAUAAUGAUCCGGAUCCAUCGCAAGUGGCAUCCGAAUAUGUCCAUUAUGGCGCGUUGGACAACCUUCACUUUGACUUUACCCUAACCGAUGGCGACUUCGGCCUGAUUGACUUGUACAACUCUCGGAGUCUUUUGCCAAACUUCUACACCCAGAACUAUGAAAUUUAUGAUACCGACAGUGGCAUCGGAAUCGGUGCAGAGGCCUACCACCGCUCAUCACUCUCCGCGUGGAAACCUGCGCCUGAAGAUCAUGCCUUUAAUGACCACGAAAACUUGUCUGUUCCCCAAGUAAUCAACAGCCCCGAAACAGGCGUUCUGUCAGAAAGGGCUUGCUUAUGUGAGCGGUUGACAUCUAGUAGUCGCGAUCUGAUUCUGAGCCUGGUUUUGGAAGUUAGUCGAGAGGCCAGCCUGAGUCGGAUCGUGAAGUCGUUUCCAAGCACAGACUUGCUGGAUGGACUGAUUCAGCAAUAUUUCGAGCUGCAGAAACAUACCGUUCAGACUUUUAUUCACAUGCCAACUUUUCAAACGAACGCCGAAGAUCCCGGUGUUCUUGCUGGCCUGGCUGCUGCUGGUGCCGUUUUAUCACCUGUUCCUACUAUCAGGAAACUCGGUUAUGCGUUGAACGAGAUGGUGCGGCUACAUCUGCCAGGAAAGUACGAACGAGAUAAUACAUUCACCCGUGAUCUACGGACCUCGCAAAUCUAUGCCAUAACUAUCGAUAUUGGUAUCUGGAGUGGGAACCGCCGAAAGACGGAAAUCGCAGAGAGCUUCGCACAGCCGCUCAUUACAAUGCUUCGUCGCGGUUUACGAUUUCGUCGCUCAGUUUACACUAAUAUUGUGCCUCUUGCAGAGGAUGCGGGACCUGUUCUCGAGGAGAAGUGGCAUGCAUGGGUUGAACAAGAAUCAUACAAGAGACUUGUUUACCAUCUCUUCAUGCAUGACUCCCAGACAGCAAUGUCUUUGAAUGUCAAUCCAAUAAUAUCAUAUGCCGACAUGGAGCUUCCUCUGCCCGCGUCCCGUCAACUAUGGGAGGCCAAAUCUGCCACCGAGUGGAAAGAUCUCUUUGGCGGAAUGACUCCAGAACGUCUACCAUCCCUAGCCGAUCUUCUCCGUGACAUGUCCCAACUCACAAUCUUCCAAGAUCGCGUCGACACCCAAUUUGCAGCAUCGAUCUUGAUCCACGGUCUAGCCGCGCUAAUCAAUGAGUACCAUCGACUAAAAUUCAUUUCAACCAAUACCUCCAAGCACUGGCAUGCCCUCGUGACAAACUCCCGCCAACAAGAACUGGACCAGGCUCUCCAGCAUUUCCGAAUGGUCUGCUCUGAACUGCGCAUCCAAUGUCGACCUGAGACCAUGCUCGUCUGCGAAGUUGUCUCUAUGCUCUUGCACAUGUCCCUCGAAGAACUCCAGCUCUUCGCCGGAAAGGAAGAUAAACAAGAGGCUCGCCGCGUGUACCAUUCCGCUCUGGAGUGGAUUGCCAGUUCGGAUUCCCGCCGAGCGGUCUGGCAUGCCGGCCAGGUCAUCCGCGCUGCGAGAAGCAUGCCUCCUGGCUCCGUCACAGGCUUCUUGGCUAUCGGCGUUUACUACGCGGGUCUUGCGUUUUGGUCUUAUAGUGUUGUGUCCAAGGCGAACACUGCCCGAAUCACGGGGACUCCUCAUUCCCCGCCUGAACUCACGGCCGGCCCUACGGUCCUUCUGGAUGGCCAUGAUAUACCCGAUGUCUCCAAGUUUGUUACCCUAGCCUGCGGCUCCCCUGCCUUACAGGGUCCCCGGGGAGCGGUCUAUUUGGUUGAUCCGGGGUCUACAAUGGAUGUUUUGCAAGCGAUCCUUCGCAUGGAGAACUCUGACAGAACGCCUCCAUUGGUCCAGAUGUUGGCUCAAUUAAUGGGGGAUUUGGGUCACUGUGUAAGAGGUGGUUGA